AUGUCAUCAUCGCUGUCAACACCAUCUUCGUCUUCUUCUUUGUUAGAUCUACCGUGGGAAGUAAUUUAUGUAAUUUUUCAAUAUCUUAACAAAGAAGAUAUUGCUUAUGCAUUCUUUGGUUUAAAUCAAUGUUAUAGAUCAGCUGUAAAAUAUUUUAUCGGUCAAGAACUUAAUUUAGCAAAUGUUAAUGAUGAAAAUACUUUCGGAUUUUGCUUAUCAACUCUUUUACCAUGUAUUGGAUUUAAUCUUCGAUAUUUAUCAAUUGGUUAUCCGCAUGCAUUAUCAAAAUAUAUAAAAUAUAUUCAAAAUUAUUGUCCAAAUUUAGAUAUACUUAAUAUUUACUGUUAUUCAAAUAUCGAAGAUAUACGUUGUUAUGCAGCACAUUUAAUACAUCGCCAAUUAAUAUCAUUCACUUUGGUGUACAAUAAUAAGAUCGUUGGUGAAGAAUUAAGUAUUCGUUUAACUAAUAAAUGUGAAAAUGAAAAAUACCGUGCUGUACCAUCAACAUCUUUUCUUAUUUUUAAUCUAUCAUCAAUGAAUGAUUUGAUUUUAUUGAAAAGAUUUUCUGAAAGUAGUUACUUGCCAGAUGGUCUUUAUAUGAUUGAAUGUUUAUCAACAGGCGAUUGGUUUACAGAUGGUAAAGAUGAUUUAUGUGCAAUGUCAAAAAAACUUCAUUGGGACAGUAUCUUUUCUAUAAAACAAAUAGACAGCGAUCGAUGUUCUCAAGAAUAUGAAUUAUAUAAUGAAGGCACGCAACGUCGAUUAACAGUUUUAAUAUUGUACGAAGACGAAGGAGAACGUUGGAUAUCUUCAUCAAUUCUUUCAACACAUCGAAAAGAAUCUUCACGAUCGUGCUCACGGUUUACGUUCGAAAGAGUUGCUAACGAUAAUCAGUUUUACAUUCGACCAUGUUAUACUAAUGCUAAACGACUCCAAGUAUCUGGCAAACGAAUUAUUGUCUCUCUCUGUGAUAAUCAAAAUACACUGGGUCACCGUUUUAAACUUAAUCAUAUUUCAUGA